CCGGAAAACACUUGAGUAAAUUUACAGCUUUCACGCGAGCAUUAUGGCAACUGACGAAGCAGCGGAUCAACCGGAUUUGUCUUGCAUAGAGGAGAGUCUCAUGAGUCUAGAAAAAUUGGACAGAGCAUCUCCUGAUCUAUGGCCUGAGCAGAUUCCAGGUGUACAUGAGUUUGUUGCUCAAAAUUCACCGCAGACAGAACCAUGUUUUUGGGCUGCGAUGUCGCAGGAUGACAUAAGCCAUGUGCAUCAACUGGGUAAUUUGUCAAUGACCGGGCUUAUCUCGGAAGUGAAAAGACUGCACGAUAUAGCUUAUCAGCUGGGUCUAGAAGAGGCUAAGGAAAUGACACGCGGCAAAUAUUUGAAUAUAUUUAAACAUAAAUAACCUAUU